AACGAUAUUACGCACAGCUACCGGUACCUCGCGCGAGCACGUCCGCUUUUACUCGCGUCCGGUCCGCUGGCGGGUGCACUUUCUUUCCGCCGCCGCCACCGCCGCCGCAGUGGUCUCCGUCUCAGUGGCAGUACGACGCGAUAACUCGGUUUAGUGUGUGCACGCGGCUCGCAUAGAAGGUAACCGCAUCACUUACCAGCGGUUCUGGAACAUCGGUAGGUCGGCCGCACGACGCACUCGCGCAAAUCCAAAUCGAUCGCUCUCGUUCGCUCGCUCGGUAGUACGGACGGACGGACGGACCGCGGCCAACGCGCGUGUAUGGUGCUGGGCCGCCGUCGACGAUGCGGUCGCAGCAGCUGCAGCUGAUGGUGGUGCACGUGUGCAUGCUGACCGCCGCCGUCGCCUCGACCGUCGGCCACGGGUCGGCCACCGCACCGGCGGCCGCGUCCACGGACGGCGACGACGAUGCCACUUCCAGACCCGAUAGGCAGGACGACAAGCGGAUAUUCUUUGACGACAUAUUCGGUUCGGUCAGCUACGAGCCUGAGGAGAAGUUACCGGUGUCCAACUGCACUUGUAAUUGCGGUGUGCCCAACCAAGAAAUCCGCAUAGUGGGCGGCCGUCCCACUGGAGUGCACAGGUACCCAUGGGUAGCGAAACUCAUGUACGAAGGCCAUUUCCACUGUGGUGGAUCACUCAUCAACAGCGAUUACGUGCUGACCGCAGCUCAUUGCGUUCGGAAAUUGAAAAAAUCCCGUAUACGUGUGAUAUUCGGCGAUCAUGACCAGAGCACGUCGACCGACGGUGAAACGAUUACCAGGAUGGUAUCUUCGAUCGUGCGUCAUCGGAACUUUGACGUGAACUCCUACAACCACGACGUGGCUCUAUUACGGCUACGGAAGGCGAUACCGUUCACUAAAUCAGUGAGGCCGAUAUGUUUGCCGUCAGCCACUCGCGAACCGUCUGGAAAAGUGGGAACCGUGGUUGGUUGGGGACGUUUGUCGGAAGGUGGAAAUCUGGCGGACGUCGUGCAAGAAGUUCAAGUACCGAUUCUGUCGUUGGCGCAGUGCAGAGCUUCAAAAUACCGACCACAGAGAAUCACCGCCAACAUGAUUUGCGCCGGAAAGGGUGUUGAGGACUCUUGUCAGGGUGACAGUGGAGGUCCUUUGUUAAUAAACAGCGAAGCCGAUGACAAGUUGGAAAUAGUCGGCAUUGUCUCUUGGGGCGUCGGUUGCGGUAGACCCGGUUAUCCGGGCGUGUAUACCAGAGUUACCAAAUAUCUGGAUUGGAUUCAAAAGAACAUGCGAGACACCUGCGCAUACUCGUGGCCGCUUCGGGUCACAGUCAUGACACCGAGUCGCCAAGGUUCGUUCCUCGCCAGCGUUCUGCUCGUAAUAGCAUGUGCAGCGCAACAGGGUCAUGGCGGUAUAAAAGAUGUAUUCGCAGACUUCGGUUUUCGCAGACCUACGCCUCAAGUGGCCGCGGAUUCGAUCUCCAAAAACGGUCAAGAAUGCGACUGUAGUUGCGGAUCUCCGAAUGUCGACACGAAGAUUGUGGGAGGCGAACCAUCGGGCGUGCACGAGUACCCCUGGAUGGUCCGUCUGUCGUAUUUCAAUCAAUUCUACUGCGGCGGAACACUGAUCAACGAUAGAUACGUGCUGACAGCAGCUCACUGUGUCAAAGGAUUCUUUUGGCCACUGAUCAAAGUCACCUUUGGCGAACACGAUUAUUGUAACGCCACCAGAAAACCAGAAACCCGAUUCGUCUUGAGAUCCAUCGUGGGCGAGUUCAGUUACCUAAAUUUCCAAAACGAUUUGGCGCUCUUACGACUCAAUGACCGAGUGCCGAUGACCGCUACUAUAAAGCCCGUUUGUUUGCCGACCGAUGCAAACGACACGUACAGCAACGGUGUGGCGAAGGCGGCCGGUUGGGGUACGCUGUACGAGAACGGAAGUCCGUCGUGUCAUCUGCGACAGGUGGACGUGCCGAUCGUUGACAACGAAGAGUGCGCCAAGACCAAUUACACGGGUGACCUGAUCACGGAAAACAUGAUUUGCGCGGGUCACGAGAUGGGCGGCAAGGACUCUUGUCAAGGCGACAGCGGAGGACCGCUGAUGAGACUCAUGGAAAACAAACGGUUCGAGAUCAUAGGAAUUGUGAGCUGGGGUCACGGAUGCGCCCGUCCUGGAUAUCCUGGAGUGUACACAAGAGUUGCUAAAUAUUUGCCUUGGAUCAAAGAUAACACCAAAGAAGGAUGCUAUUGUUCACAAUGA